UCUUUCGUGCUGUUUGUGCUCUGAGAAGAGGUAUCACUGUCACAUUCUGGCUUUAAGGCAGGAGGUUCUACUACAGCUGAGUUUCUAUAGGGUAAAAAUGGCUGAAUACACACUGAAGGUGACAACGGGUGACAUGAAGUACGCAGGAACAAUGGAUCACCUUUAUGUCAUUUUAUGUGGAACCGAGGGGAAGAGCGAGCGCACCAAGCUGGACAACCUUAUGAUCCACUUCCAAUCUGGGAAGACGAGGACCUACUCAGUCAAAACAAAGUCCUCUCUGGGGAAGCUUCUCAUAGUCAAGGUGGAGAAAGAUCCUCGCUUCGGCCUCCCAGAGGACGAGUGGUUCUGUUCCAGAAUAGUGGUGACGACUCAGAACGGAGAAGAAGUAGUUUUCCCCUGCUACAGGUGGAUUUCUAGGGGAGAAAAGGUGGAGCUAAGAGGAGGAAAAGCCAUGAAGGUAUUUGAGGAUGUGCAUCCUCUGCAGAUCGAGCACCGAGAAGAUGAACUCAGACUUAGAAAGAGCUUGUACCAAUGGGAGAUGGGGGAUGGCAAGCUGCUACAGCUCAGCCAGUUCAGAGCUAUAUCUGAGCUCCCAGCAGAGAUCCGCUUCUCUGCGUCUAAAUCAGAAGAGAUGUCCUUCAAGAAAAGGAUCAUUGGUUAUGAACUGAUGUUCAAGAGGCUAGUUGGGUCCAAAAAGCAAUGGAAGAACCUCAAGGACAUGAAAAAGUUCUUCCAAACCAAAAAGACAACCAUGUCAGAGUAUGUUUCGAAGCACUGGGACGAAGAUGACUUUUUCGGAUUCCAGUACCUGAAUGGGCCAAACCCCAACGUGAUCAAACUCUGCAAAAAACUCCCCUCAAACUUCCCUGUGGAGGAGAUGGUGAGGGAUUUUCUCCCACGUGGAAGCACCCUGGAGAUGGAAAUGGAGAAGGGCAACAUCUUCCUGGUAGACCAGAAGAUAAUGGAUGGAAUACCAACCAGGAUGGACGAUGGAAGGGCUUGUUUCAUAAGCUCUGGUUUUUGCUUGUUCUACAUGAAUCCCGACAAGAAACUGGUGCCUCUUGCAAUACAGCUGCGUCAACAACAUUCCGAACAGAAUCCCAUCUUUCUGCCGGAUGACCCGCUGACAGACUGGGUUCUGGCCAAGCUGUUUUUCAACAGCUCGGAUCUGGUGUUGUAUCAGGCCGUCUAUCACCUCAUGAAGACUCACUAUCUGGCAGAAGUCUUCACUGUCGCUACUCUACGCUGUUUCCCCUCAAUCCAUCCUCUCUACAAGCUGCUGUUCCCUCAUUUCCGUUACACUCUGCACAUUAACAUAUUGGCUCGCGAGUUCCUCCUUGGACCCGGUGGGGCCAUGAGUCAGAGUUCAUGUGGAGUGGACGGACUGAUGGAGCUCAUGAGAAGAGCUCAGUCUGACAUGACCUACAGCUCCCUCUGCCUGCCUGAGAACAUCAAAGCACGAGGACUCAACUCUGUCCCUGACUUCUACUACAGAGACGAUGGUUUGAAGCUGUGGAGCCACAUAAACAGUUAUGUGAAGAGUAUGGUGGAGUACUUCUAUCCCUCAGACAGUGUUGUGUGUGAUGACACGGAGCUGCAGGAGUGGAUUCAUGAAAUAUUCACACAUGGAUUCUUAGAAAACAAACUCGCAGGUUUCCCGGCGAGCUUCGGUACCGUGGCUGAAGUGAUCAAGUUCAUCACCAUGGUGAUCUUCAUCGUGUCAGUCCAACACGCUGCGGUCAACAACGGACAGUUCGACUACCACGGCUGGACACCCAAUGGCUCUCUCCUGCUGCACACAUCUCCUCCGACCAUCAAGGGCCUGUCGAGCAUGGGGACAUUUCUGGAGGCUCUCCCAAAUGAAGGAGAGACGGUCAAUUUUGCAGCCUCUGCUUUUGUUCUCUCAUCCAAAUACACAGACAAGGUUCCUUUGGGUGAAUACCCUGAAGAGCUCUUCGAUGAGUCUGACCCCAAGCGGAUGAUUAAGGAAUUUCAAGCAGAGUUGUCCUACUUGAAAGAAGAAAUUAAAGCAAGAAAUACUCGGCUGAAAGUUCCCUACACGUAUCUGAGCCCUGAUGAGAUAGAGAACAGUGUGUCGAUUUAGGAGAAACGGGAAAGACGAGCAGAAACGAUCGUGUUCCCUGGUACUUCCUUAUAGGUUAGGUUCAGGGCUGUGCUUUUAUUUUUGAAAUACACUUUUUAUAAAAUAAAAAUUUGUAAACAAAACAAAAGAUUUAGAGAAAACUGUAGAGUGUAUUAAAGUUAUUUUCACUUAAGGAAAAUAUAUAAAAGAUGUGAGGACUUUAUUUAAUUGCAGUAAACUGCAUACAUUUUCAAACCUUUACGACUCCUACUCCAACAUCAGAUAAACCUAAACACAAGAUCUGCUCUGGACUGAACCCUGGGUUGGGUCAGAUUCACUCAUCAGUUUGGAAAAUGAAUAAAAUCCAUUUAAAGUGCUGUCAUUUCUAAUCCACAGAUUUAUUGUGAUUAGUCAACAAUCUGUUUGUUUAAUAAGUAAAAAGGCAAAAUAUUGCAUUUGAACUUUAAUAGAUCCUUGAGGAUAAUAAAAAUCUAGUGUGU